GUGGGCUCCGAGUCAACUGGCAUGACCGCGGGCACUGGGGCAGGCAUUGAAUCGUCUGGCUGGACAGCGGGCAUGGGUCACCAGGCAUCAGGUCAUUUGGCUCGACAGCGGGCGCCGUGUCAUCUGGCAAGGCAGUGGGCUCCGAGUCAACAGGCACGACAGCGGGCACCGGGUCAUCAGGUACCGGAUUGUUGUCUGGCUCGACAGCGGGCAUCGGGUCACCAGGUAUGACAGCGGGCACUGGGUCACCAGGCAUCAGGUCAUUUGGCUCGCCAGCGGGCACCGUGUCAUCUGGCAAGGCAGUGGGCACCAAGUCCCCAGGUACGACAGCGGGCUCUGAGUCAAUUGGCACGACAGCGGGCACCGGGUCACCAGGCAUUGGAUCGUCUGGCUUGACAGCGGGCAUCGGGUCACCAGGCAUCAGGUCAUUUGGCUCGCCAGCGGGCACCGCGUCAUCUGGCAAGGCAGUGGGCACCGAGUCACCAGGUAAGACAGCGGGCUCUGAGUCAAUUGGCACGACAGCGGGCACUGGAUCAGGUACCGGAUCGUCUGGAUCAACAGCGGGUAUCGAGUCAACUGGCCUAAUAGGAUCAUCAGGCUGGAUCAGUUCAUCAGGCUGAGUGGAGGCACCAGGCUGAGUAGAGGCAUCAGGCUG